AUGUUUCGACAAAGGACAAGCUCCCAAAAACCGGGGGAUGAUCUACUAGCCAACUUCCGACAGCAGUUCCCCGACCUUGCUGCCGUGACCACGUCGUCUGCUGCUCCGGGUAUUUCUCAGACUACCGGCGCUGAGAACGCUCCUGCUGUGCCUCUACCUGAACGACAAAACCUUGGUCAAGAUGCAUUCCGUGACCAAGAUCCGACCCCAAGGGCCACCAACGAUCCCUGGAGGUUUACUCCUUCUCUUCUAGAUCCCAACUCCAUGUCUUUCGCCAGCUUUGCCAACGCGCCUCCUGGAUAUUACACUCCUACUCCCGGAGGCACUAACACACUGUUCCACCCACAGGCUGGUGACUUACAUACGCCAACAUUGGGUUUGGGUAUGGGUUUGAACACGCCUCUAUCUAUGCCUACGUCGGGCGACUCCCUUCACCCCGGCUCCGCUCAACCAGUCAUGGAUAUGUCAGGCUUCCAGGCAUUGCAACCGCACCAAUUCCACCAUUUCAAUCCCUUCAUUCAAGCACCUCCACCUCAGCCAACAUUUGCACCAUCGAGCUUUGUCCAUCAAGAUACAGGCUACGAGACCAUGGAUCAAGAUGGGUCACCCAUGGACUCGGAUCCUUCAGAGGAGCGCAUGUCAUCCAUCGGCGCCACCCUUCAGAAGACGACUCCCAUGAUGAAUCUCCAGUCGCGGCAGUUCUCAAGUGGCCACAUGUCUCACCCUCUCCCUGCGUCGGCUGAGAAGUUCCGAUUCCAUUCAACCCUAAAUGCCCCUACAGCUAUGAUCAAGCACGCCGACGAAAUUCCUGUUACAUAUCUUAACAAGGGGCAAGCUUACUCGCUCUCUGUUGCUGAUACCAAUGCCACCAUGCCCGUUGCCCCUGGUACCAAGUACCGCACCUUUGUCCGUGUUUCUUUUGAGGACGAGCAACAACGACAACGGCCAGGUGUCUGCUGGGGCCUCUGGAAGGAAGGCAGAGGCACCAACGAGGCUCAUCAAAGAGGUGGAAAGCUCCAAGCAGUUGAAUAUGUAGAGGCUGGCCAGCCAGCUGAAGGCGACGAUAAGAGAACUCGUGUGGAGUUGGAGUCUUCUUCCUUUGACGGUUUCUGCGUCACAUGGACACCGGGAAUCAACGGUCCCCCUGAGGUUAACAUCGCAGUCCGCUUCAACUUCCUCUCGACCGAUUUUAGUCACUCAAAAGGUGUCAAAGGUAUUCCUGUGAGGUUAUGCGCAAAGACCCACCCCGUUCCCUGCGACCCCUCACAGCCAGCCGCCGAUGCCAACCCCGAAAUCUGCUACUGCAAGGUCAAGCUUUUCCGUGAUCACGGUGCUGAGAGGAAGCUUUCAAACGACGUAGCGCAUGUCAAGAAGUCUAUCGACAAGCUCAAGCAGCAAAUCGCCCAGGCUGAAAGUGGCCUCAAGGACUUUGGCAAGCGAAAACGAUCAAGUGGUGCCGCAAAGGUGGGAGAGCCUCAGCGACCUGGCAAAGUACAGAAGCACAAGCGAACAUGGUCCAUGUCUUCAGCUAGCUCUGCUGGAGGCGGUGCAAGAGUGACUAUGGAAGAAGACUUGCACUUCAAGCUUCAAACUCUGCAAGACAUGUUUACCAGUACACGUCCUGUCAGCGUAUUGUUCCUCAGAGGCGAUGAGCCGGACGACCCGGAUCUGCAUCCCGUAUCUCUUCCUGGAGAUAUCUCACCACUGACCAAGCCAGGUGAAGGCCCUAACUGGCAGGCCAGAAGUGGACGAAGCUCUGUCACAGGCUCUAUGAUUUCGCCUUCGCCUAGCUCUUUGUCUCUGGCGUCGCAGGCAUCUGGCAUUGGCGCUGGCAGUCAAUGGAAGAAUUUCGAUUCUGUGGCGGGCGCUGACAUGUCCCGCAAGGAAUCUGAGCAGCCCACAAGAGUUAACAAGGGCGACGAUGACGGCAGCCUCAGCGGAUGGAUUGAAGCCUUGGGCGUUGACGCUUCCUAUCGACCACCCCAGGAUCGCAGCCCUAAACCGGUAGCAUGCUUCUAUAUUCAACAACGGAACCCUAACGAGCCUAGCAAUGCGGGCUAUCACCGUGCUAUUUACUUGAUGCAGCGAACGCUCCAAGAACUCAACAACCGAAUUGCAGCCAAGUGGGGCAUCGACUCUUCCCGGAUCUUACGCACGAUUCAUUCCAUUCAAAACGGCCUCGAGGUGGAGAUGGACGAUGAUGUGGUUCAAGAGCUCAAGGAGGGCCAAGAUAUGACUCUCGAGAUUCAAGAAGUCAAUGGACAAUCUGCAAUCAAGAGGGAGUGGGAGAUGGCUGUCGAUCCUGUCGAAAGCAUCGCGGAACCCAGCGACAAAUCACAAAGUGGCUUCGUCCUUCGUCUCACUUUCUAA